UACCACCACCCUCCCCCUUCCCCCUCCUCCUGUACACCCCUUCACGUCCUACUACUGUGCACGACCCUCCAUGGCUUUCGUCUUUAAGCGAGGGCGCAAGGAACGCGUCCAGUUUGACAAGAUCACUGCCAGGAUCAACAAGCUAUGCUAUGGGCUAGACAAGGAGCACGUUGACCCCAUCGGGAUCUCCCAGAAGGUCAUUGCGGGUGUCUACCAAGGAGUAACAACAGUAGAGCUUGACAAUCUUGCUGCCGAAACGGCUGCAUACCUCACCACCAAGCACCCUGACUAUGCCAUUCUUGCCGCACGGAUCGCAGUCUCUAACCUCCACAAGGAGACCAAGAAGCACUUCUCCGCUGUCAUCAGUGACCUAUAUCACUACAUCGACCCCAAGAACGGCAAGCCUGCGGGCCUGAUCGCAAAAGACGUGUAUGAGCUCGUCAUGGCCAAUGCCGAGCAGCUCGACUCUGCCAUUGUCUACGAUCGCGACUUCAACUACAACUACUUCGGUUUCAAGACCUUGGAGCGGUCCUGUCUCUUCAAGCUCAACGGACGUAUCGCUGAGCGCCCUCAACACCUGCUCAUGCGUGUCGCUGUUGGCAUUCAUGGCACUGACAUCGAGAGGGCGAUUGAGACCUACAAUAAGACGUCCCUCCGAUACUUCACGCAUGCAUCGCCGACACUGUUCAACGCGGGUACACCCCGCCCUCAGCUCAGCUCUUGCUUCCUCGUCUGCAUGAAGGACGACUCUAUCGAGGGCAUCUACGACACCCUCAAGAACUGUGCUAUGAUCAGCAAGACUGCGGGUGGUAUUGGCCUCAACAUUCACAAUAUUCGUGCUACUGGAUCGUACAUUGCGGGGACCAACGGUUACUCGAACGGUAUCGUACCCAUGCUUCGCGCAUACGACGCGACUGCCCGCUAUGUCGACCAGGGUGGUAACAAGCGACCCGGGGCCUUUGCCAUCUACCUCGAGCCAUGGCACGACGACGUCUUCCAGUUCCUUGACCUCCGCAAGAACCAUGGUAAGGAGGAAGUUCGCGCGCGUGACCUCUUCUAUGCGCUCUGGAUCCCCGACCUCUUCAUGAAGCGUGUCGAGGCCAACGGGAAAUGGUCUCUGUUCUGCCCCAACGAGGCACCCGGCCUCCACGAAGUAUGGGGUGAGGAGUUCGAGCAGCUCUACGAGCGGUAUGAGCGCGAGGGUCGUGCCCGCCGGACCAUUGAUGCCCACAAGCUGUGGUAUGCCAUCCUCGAUGCUCAGAUUGAGACCGGCAACCCCUUCAUGCUGUACAAGGAUGCAUGCAAUGCGAAGUCGAACCAGAAGAACCUUGGUACCAUCAAGUCGUCGAACCUCUGCACGGAAAUCAUCGAAUACUCUUCGCCCGAUGAGACCGCCGUCUGCAACCUUGCGUCUGUCUCCCUCCCCGCGUUCGUUGAAAACGGUACCUACAACUUCCAGAAGCUUCACGACAUUACCAAGACCGUCGCAUUCAACCUCAACCGCAUCAUCGACGUCAACUACUACCCUAUCCCCGAGGCGCGUCGCUCGAACAUGCGCCACCGUCCCAUCGGCAUCGGCGUGCAGGGUCUCGCCGAUGCGUUCAUGGCUCUGCGUAUGCCUUUCGACUCUCCGGAGGCGCGGGAGCUCAACAAGAAGAUCGCGGAGACGAUCUACCACGCCGCGGUCGAGGCGAGUAGCGACAUCGCUGCUGUCGAUGGACCCUACGAGACGUAUGAGGGUAGUCCUGCGUCCAAGGGCGAGCUGCAGUACGACCUCUGGGGUGUCACUCCCACGGAUCUUUGGGACUGGGCAACGUUGAAGGCGAAGGUGGCCAAGACUGGUUUGAGGAACUCGCUGCUCGUCGCACCUAUGCCUACUGCGUCAACGAGUCAAAUUCUGGGCAACAACGAAUGUUUUGAGCCCUACACGAGCAACAUCUACACUCGUCGUGUGCUCGCUGGAGAGUUCCAGAUCGUCUGCCCCUGGUUGUUGCGUGAGCUCGUCGAGCUCAAUCUCUGGGAUGACCAGAUGAAGAACACGAUCAUCGCCAACCACGGCUCCGUCCAGAACGUCCCUAACAUCCCCGAUGACAUCAAGGCGAUCUACAAGACCGUCUGGGAGAUCAGCCAGAAGAAGAUCCUGGACAUGGCCGCCGACCGCGGCGCGUUCAUCGACCAGAGCCAGAGUCUCAACGUUCACCUGCAAUCGCCGACGACAGGCCAGUUGACGAGCAUGCACUUCUACGGCUGGAAGAAGGGCUUGAAGACCGGCAUGUACUACCUGCGCACGCGUCCAGCGGCACAAGCCAUCCAGUUCACCGUCGAUCAGACCGCCCUCAAAGCGGCGAACAAGCAACCGUCUGCCGUCGUCAACGGCGUUGCUCUGCCCUCGACACCGAGUAGAGUGAUUAAGCAAGAGCCCGUCACACCCUCCCUGCGCUCUGAUCCCCCGUCGCCUUCGGUUGCCAGCACUGUCACGUCUGACUCAGAGGACGCCAAACUCGCAAACGGGACUGCUGCCCUCUCGCUCGAUGAGCGGACGCAGAAGGCAGCGGAGCAGGAUCCGGAGUUCGCGGCAGCCCUGCAGCGUCAGCGGGACAGAGAGCUCGAGCAGGCGAAGCUGAUGUGCUCCUUAGAGAACAAGGAGGCUUGUGUCAUGUGCUCUGGCUGAGUUGUCUGUCGGGUUCUAGAGUGUCGAGUAUGUUGGUAUGGCAUAUCCUAUCGUGUAUCCCUGCAAUCCGUCUACUAUCCUUGUUGCAUUCUGUAUUAGAUUCCAUCUGCCUGUUGUAUACCUAUGUGUUCUCCAUAUGCAUGUUUCAAUUCCCGCCA